GGGAGCGUCAACGUUAUGGCAGUACAAACACAGCAAAAGAAUCUGGAAGGAUAUGUUGGCUUUGCAAGCCUCCCCAACCAAGUGUACAGGAAGUCGGUCAAGAGGGGCUUUGAGUUCACCCUGAUGGUCGUAGGUGAGUCAGGGUUGGGCAAAUCCACGUUGAUCAACUCACUGUUCCUAACAGACCUGUAUUCAGCGGAGUAUCCUGGACCGUCACAUCGAAUCAAAAAGACUGUACAGGUGGAGCAGUCCAAAGUUUUAAUAAAGGAAGGCGGCGUCCAGCUGCUGCUCACAAUAGUUGACACCCCGGGGUUCGGAGAUGCCGUCGACAACAGCAACUGCUGGCAGCCAAUCAUCGACCACAUAGACAGCAAGUUCGAAGACUACCUGAACUCGGAAUCCCGGGUGAACAGACGGCAGAUGCCCGACAGCCGGAUUCACUGUUGCCUGUACUUCAUCGCCCCAUCGGGACACGGACUGAAGCCCUUGGACAUUGAGUUCAUGAAGAGGUUGCACGAGAAAGUCAAUGUCAUCCCGCUGAUCGCUAAAGCAGACACCCUCACCCCAGAGGAAUGCCAACAGUUCAAGAAACAGAUCAUGCGGGAAAUCCAAGAGCAUAAAAUAAAGAUCUACGAGUUCCCUGAGACGGAUGACGAAGAGGAGAACAAGCUGGUGAAGAAGAUAAAGGACAAGUUGCCGCUGGCUGUAGUAGGAAGCAACACAAUCAUCGAGGUGAACAGCAAAAGAGUCCGAGGGAGACAAUACCCCUGGGGGGUUGCAGAAGUUGAAAACGGUGACCACUGCGACUUCACCAUCCUCAGGGAUAUGCUCAUCAGGACACACAUGCAGGACCUGAAGGACGUGACGAACAACGUCCACUACGAAAACUACCGCAGCAGGAAGCUGGCUGCUGUCACCUACAACGGAGUGGACAACAACCGGUCUAAAGGUCAACUGUCCACCAAACUUGACCCAGUUGAAGGAAUGAGUCCCAUGGCCCAGAUGGAGGAGGAAAGGCGGGAGCAUGUGACGAAGAUGAAGAAGAUGGAGAUGGAGAUGGAGCAGGUGUUCGAGAUGAAAGUCAAGGAAAAAGUGCAGAAGCUCAAAGACUCUGAAGCCGAGCUCCAGCGGCGCCACGAGCAGAUGAAGAAGAACCUGGAGGCGCAGCACAGGGAGCUGGAGGAGAAGAGACGCGUGUUCGAGGACGAGCGGGCGAACUGGGAGACCCAGCAGCGCCUGGAGCAACAGAAAGUGGAGGCCUCCAGGACUCUGGAGAAAAACAAAAAGAAAGGCAAGAUCUUUUAAGAUGAGGUCGGCCGGACGACCCCCAACUCCAGUUACUUUUUGUUUGCCAACGUUGCCGGUUCAGGACACCCGUGUGUGGCACUGACAUCCCCCCCCCCUCCUCUGUGUUCUCUUUCUCCCCUGCUCUGUCUGCCAGCACAGCGUUGCUCCUGCUCCCCGCCAGUAGAGGGCAGUAUUCUGAGGAGGUAACUAAUCUACAAAGUAUAAAAGAAAUAAAUCCACGUCAGAACGGCCAAACUCAUAUUAUUUUAACUAGUAUUGUUGUUGCCCCCCCCCUACCUGCUGCUCUUUUUUUUUUAUAUCCCAACACUGAUGUGUACAGUUUUUUGGAGAGCACAGAUUAAAGAAGAAAUCCCUGUGAAUCAUGUCUGACCGUUUGUACAAUCAAGUUCUGAUGAAUUGUAUUUGUUUACAGGAAAAAAAAAGCAUAAUAGCAUAUGAACAUUAAUCUGAUUUUCCUUCAUUGAAAUAAGUGGACAAGGGAUUAACUAAUCCUUUGUUUGUGUGUAUCUGGUUAGCUUUUAACCUUCUGUCAGUGUGACAGAAAUGAAACGGGUCAACAAAGAAACCCUGAAACUAAGACAAACCAUAAAAUGCACCGUGGGCCUUUUUUGUAUUCUUUUUUAAAGAGUACAAAAAAAACAACUGCUUAAGCUUCUGAAAUGUAACGCUUUCCUUUUCGUCUGUGUUUAGCUAUUUUCCACUAGCCUUGGACCACCAUUUAUAAUUAUCAUAACUGUUAUACUUCACUUUAGUUUAUUUUUAUAUAUACCGAGCCAGCUGAAGUAAUUUCUUUUGUAUGUUUAAAAAAAAAAACAUACAAAAAAGAA